AUGGUUAAGGUCGCAGUCGCAUUGGUCGCUUGUGCUGCGGUUGCCUCGGCGUUCUCUGCGGUGCCACAGGCAGGCAAGCCGCACAUUGUCCUUAUUCUCGCAGUUGACUACGGGCACGCAAAUCUGGGCUACAACGCCCGCAAGACCGGCAACAAGCAGCUCAUCGCCGAGACCAACACGCCGAAUCUGGACGCGCUGAUUGAUGAUGGUGUCUACCUCAGUCAGCACUACUCGUACGCCGUCUGCGCGCCAUCGCGCUCAUCGCUCCAGAGUGGCCGCUUCGGCUCGCACGUGAAUAUGUUCAACACGGCGCCAGAGGCAGUGAACUCUGCGGAUCCGAUCAGCGGGUACGCUGGUAUACCCGUCGCGAUGACUGGCAUGGCAGAGGUACUCAAGUCAGCUGGGUACCGCACGCACGGUGUGGGCAAAUGGGACAUUGGAAUGGCAACUCCGGCGCACUCACCCUUUGGAAAGGGGUACGAAACGUUCAUUGGGUAUUACCAGCACGCCAACGACUACUGGAACAAGCGAGGCUCGUUCUUAGCGACUGGCGAGGUCGACAUGUGUCUCAGCCUGAUGCUUGACUUCUUCUCGUACAAUGAGACGUACCGCGGUGGUAACCCGAAUCCUGGCCAGGUGACAGACUCGUGCAAAUGCCAAGAGGGCACCGAAACCGGGUGUCAGAAUGGCGGUGACGAAAAUACAUAUCCGUCCUGCUUUGAGGAGACCAUCUUUAUGAACGCGGCGAUGGACAGGAUCCGCGCCCACGACACAUCGCAACCUCAGCACCCUCUAUUCCUUUUCCACUCUUUUCACUUUCUUCACACGCCGCUGGAAGCGCCAAUCGCGGCAAUCCGUGAGCUCAACCAAACGAUCCGUGACAAGGGCGGCGAUCCAAUUAAUUUGGAGAGCCGAUUGAUGUACAACUCCAUGGUGCUGCUCAUGGACAAGAUUGUUGGCAGGCUCGUGCAAACGCUCGUGGGGAAGGGCAUGUUCGAAAAUACUCUCCUCGCGUUUCUCUCCGACAAUGGCGGGCCAAUCUACCUCCCGGCCGGAGCAAACAAUUAUCCCCUGAAAGGAGGCAAGUGGAGUGACUGGCAGGGGGGUGUGCUUGCGAAUGCGUUCAUCUCGGGUGGCGUGGUGCCCGCGUCGAUUCGUGGAACCGUUCAUGCGGGUAUCUUCUCCAUCGCUGAUUGGUACACCACGUUCGCAGAGGUUGCCGGAUUGUACGACAAUGACGAGAUGAAAUACCCAGUGUCGCUCGACGACGGUGUGCUCGUAGACCAGAAAGCAAAGGCGGCGAAUGAUUGGAUGGACGCCAACAGACUCGAUGAAACAACCAACCCGCGCUUGCCUCCUUUGGACGGAGUCCCGCAGUGGGCAGCAAUCCUGGCGGGGCGCGAUGCGCGCGAUGGGAAUCCGAUCCACAUCUCACCACAGGCUCUGGUUUGGAAGCAAGACGCAGGUCUGCUUAAACUCGUCACCGGCAAACAGUAUUUUGGUCGGCACGUGGGUCCAGUGUUCCCCAACUGCUCAACCUUGCAGAGCGGGCAGAACCUACAAGGACCGGCUCGCCAGACCGUCAAGUUUCUGGACAUUCAGUACGAGCCCAGCACAAACCAGGAGCAGAUCGACACACUCACUUGGACAGAGGACUGCGGUGGCGGCUGCCUGUAUGACCUCGCCUCGGAUCCAACAGAGAGCAACGACCUCGCCUCGGAUCCUGCCUUUGCCGUUGAGCUCGAGCGCAUGCAGGCGAAGCUGGCGGCGCUCAACGCCACUCUGUUUUUGCCUAACCGUGGGGAUCAGCCAUCAACCGCUUGCGACUCCUUCAUCAAUCACGGCGGCUUCUACGGCCCGUUUAUGGCUCUCGAGCAAACAUCAGAGACGCACCAGUGCGCACAAUGA